ACCCCAACCGCAGUUCGGUUAGCAACGCUCUGACCAGGAAGUCUUUAGCAACGCUGUACUGGCUCCCGUCUCCCCAGGUUAUUUUUGCAGGCUGCACACAACCGGUCAAGGUGAUGCUAAUGUUUCAAAAUGAGUAAGAGGAAAGUAAAAGUGGCCAGUGGUGCGACAGCUUUCAAGAGCCGCAGAGUGACUGCUGUGGGUAUGGAAGAUGCACCAGAUGAUAAGAAGCAUCAGAGACCUUCCUCCAGCAGCCUCACUCCCUCUGCCACAGGAGAUAUCGGCGUCAUUGAGAGCAUCACUCUCAAGAAUUUCAUGUGUCACCAUUUGCUCGGUCCAUUCCAAUUUGGGUCCAAUGUGAAUUUUAUCGUCGGCAACAAUGGAAGUGGAAAAAGUGCAAUCCUGACUGCUUUGAUUGUAGGCCUCGGUGGAAAGGCCACUGUCACAAACAGAGGAGCGUCUCUGAAGGAUUUUGUGAAGACCAAUGAGACUUCUGCAGAUAUAACAAUAAAGUUGAAAAACAGAGGACCAGAUGCUUAUAAAAGGGACAUCUACGGCGAAUCUAUUUCCAUUGAGCACCGGAUCUUUAGUGAUGGAUCUCGAAACUGCAGGCUGAAGAGCAAAUCAGGACAACUUAUCUCAACCAAGAAGGAGGAGCUGACCGGCAUUUUGGACCACUUUAACAUCCAGUUGGAUAACCCGGUGUCCAUUCUCAACCAAGAAAUGAGUAAACAGUUCCUGCAUUCAAAAAGUGAAUCAGACAAGUAUAAGUUCUUCAUGAAAGCAACUCUGCUGGAGCAGAUGAAGAGAGAUUACGUCCACAUCAAGCUCAAUAAAACAGUAACACGACAACAGGUUGAGAGACAAGAGGAGUCUCUCAAGGUCCUGAAGCAAGAGUUUCUGCAGAAGAAAGAGAGGUAUGAAAAAUUGCCGUCCUUCAGUGAGAUAAAGGUGGUUUUGGAGAAUCUGAAGAAAGCAAUGGCCUGGUGUUUGGUCAAGGAGAAGGAGCAGUUGGUACAGCAGUUAAAGGAGGACGUUGAAAACGAAGCCAAUAAUUAUAAACAUCAGGACAACCUUCAGCUCUGUCAGACUAUGGUCAUACAAAUAGAAAAGAAGCUUCAGUGCAUCAAUAGCAGAGUUACCAGCAUGAAAAAGGAACAAGAGUCUCUAUCAGAGGACCAUCUGAAUUUGAAAGAGCAAGUGAAGGCAGUCAGUAAAGUUCACAAGGAACAAGAGCUCGUUUAUUUUCGGGCUGUCAACAAACUCAAACAGUCAGAGCAAGAGCAAAAUCUUCUCGAGGAGAAAAUUAGAAAGGCAAAAACAAGUGCAAGCCUGAACAACGAGGAAGAGGCGGAAUAUAGCGCACAGCAGAAGAAAAUAUCCAGUCUGAAAGAGCAGCUUGCAGAGCUUGAGAAAAAGUGCUCACAGCUGAAUGAUGAGAUAAAAAACAAACAUCAGGCACUUUACAAAGGAAAGGAGGAACGGGACAAACUGAGAUUGGAGGAAAGAAACAUCCAGGUUUUGUACGAGUCCAAGCUGAGGAGGAAGAAUCAGGUCCUCGCCAGUCGAUCAAACAAACUAAAGCGGUUUGGAGAUCAUGUACCCGACCUGCUGGGUUCUAUUACUGAGGCGUACGCCACAGGACGCUUUCGCAAGAGACCCGUUGGUCCGAUAGGGGCAUGCAUCAGUUUGAAGGAUCCCAUGUUGGCUGUAGCUGUGGAGUGCUGUCUGCGGAGCUUCAUGAAGGCAUUCUGCUGUGACAACUACAAAGACGAGGCGGUCCUGCAGGAGCUGAUGUCUCAAUAUUACCCAAAGGGCAACAGGCCACAGAUCAUCGUCAGCCCUUUCUCUGAAAAACUUUACAACAUUCACGGACGGAAAGCGCAUAAUCAAGAAUAUCCGUCUGUGCUGGACAUAAUCACAGCGUCAAGCCCCGUCAUCAUCAACUGCCUGAUUGAUAUGAGGGGGAUUGAAUCCAUUCUCAUAAUCAAAGAAAAAGAAAAAGCGAGGAGAGUCAUGCAGCAAGGCCGGCCUCCUAAGAACUGUCGUGAAGCCUUCACCAUGGAGGGAGAUCAGGUGUACCCAAACCGUUAUUACACCUCCGACAUCAGCAUGGCCAAAUAUCUUGGUGGGGAUCUCGAGUCUGAAAUAAGCAUGCUGGAGUCCGACCUGGAGAAUCACCAGGCUCAGCUGUCCAGGUUUCAGCUCCACGUCACCUCUGUGACAGAGGACAUCGUGAGAAUGGAGAGCGAGCUGAACAGCACCAUCAUGACCCUGAAGAAGACUCUGGUCUCUGUGAAUCAAGUCAAGGCGACAAUAACGGAGCUGGAGAAUGCUGGCGAGGAGCACAUCGACGACGUCAGCUCCUUGGAAGAAGUUGCCCAAGAGAACCGACAGAAGAUCGAGGCAGAAAAGCAGACCGUUCAUGAGGCAAAGACAGAGCUCGAUAAUCAUCAGAAAACAGCAGAGGACAUUGAGUCCAAGUACGCUUCUGUUAGAGUUCGGCUUGAUCAGCUUUCUGAAGACACAGAGCCGUUAAUGGAUGAGCAGCUGAAGCUGGAGGCUGAGUGUGCGAAACACAAACGAACCCUUAAGAUUUUAGAAAACAAGCUUAAGGCUCAUGAAGACAACAUCCAAGCUAUGAGAAGUGACCUCGCCCAAAGAGAAGAAGAGUUACAGGAAUAUGUGGCCAAAGCCACAGAGAUCAGUCCUGAGCGGCAGCAGGUGACCCGCAGCCCCAAGAGCAUCGACACCGAGAUCACUUGGCUGCAGAAGAAACUCAAGGUGUACGAGAGCAACCACGGCGAGCACGAGCAGGUGGUCAGGGAGUACGCUGAGGCCCUCGCUCUCUACAAAGAGAAAACCAACCAAGUGAGAGAUCUGCGGAGGUUCAUCGAUCGACUCGACACCAUCAUGUCAGACAGGCAGAGCAGAUAUAAAACAAUGCGUAGGUCCCUCUCGGUCAGAUGCAAGUUAUACUUCAAUAACUUUCUGAUAAAGAUGAACUGCUGUGGCUCUAUGAUUUUUGAUCACAAUAAUGAGACACUCUCAAUCUCGGUGACGCCUCCAGGCAGGGAGGAUAAUGGUGCGAGUGACAUGAGGUCGCUGUCUGGUGGUGAACGCUCCUUCUCCACUGUUUGCUUCAUGCUCUCCCUGUGGGAGAUCACCGAAUCACCCUUCAGAUGCCUCGAUGAGUUCGACGUUUACAUGGAUAUGCACAAUCGCAGAAUCUCUCUGGAUCUCCUCCUGGAGUUGUCAGAGCGGCAGCACCUUCGACAGUUUAUCUUCGUUACCCCCCUCACCACCAGCCAUUUGCCUAAAACCAAGCUCAUCAAAAUCCACCAGCUUCAGGAUCCAGAAGGAGAUCGUAGUGAAAGGGUGGAUGACAAUGUUUGAACUGAUCUCCAGUAACAAAAACAUAAAAAGUGACAAGAAAUAAAUAUGAAUGUUCAUGUGCCCGCUUGCUGUAAAAUUAAGUAUUGCUGUAUGGGUAGGUUUGUUUGCUAGGAUGAAAUCAUGUCUGUGUUAUGAAACCUAAUAAUUGUGCUAAUGCUGUAAAUACUCUAUUGCCAGGACACAGAGGUAUGUUAACUUUUUAAACUAUUUUUAGUUUUCACUUUGGCGGCUCUGUUGCCUGGACGACUGGGGACUCUUAAGAAUGUAGAUGAGUUUGUGCUAGGGUUGUAGUUCUGUAAUGGCGGCAGAGAAAGAUGUGUUUGAAGCCAAUCGGUCCGUUGUGACAACGCUGCAGAAUAUCCAGAGGUUAAAGCCCAAGCAUGCACAAUCUCGGCUGAGUUUUGUUGGUGGCCAUAAUGUUGUGGCCCUCUUCCCCACGGGGUUUGGUAAAAUGUUCUUGCUCAGUUAGUCUUGAAGGAGUUAGCUAAGGCUAACGUUAGCGAUGCUAAGCCAACGUCACAACCAAACGUUAGCAACUGGUUAUGGAAGAUCCAGAGUGGCUCUGGGCAGAUCCAGUAGUUUUAAACUUCAACAGAGUUUCCGCCUUCAAGGAAGUUAACACUUGUCAAUGGAGAGUGGCCAGACUCUCUGUACAAAUGAAAUGUACGAGAGCCUAGAGUAUAUUGAUUCCAAUGGGAGAAAUGAACGUGACCACAGAUGACGACCAAUUCUUUCACUCCAUAGCCAACAAUAUAAUAUAAUAUAUAGUAAAUAUUGGACCCACUUUUUACUAGCCACAUAUCGCAAGAACAUUCUGACACUAAAAAAAUUUCAGACGGACACAUCAGGAGAAAAUUAACUCUGCUUGAGACGCCUCAGGAACAAACUCUUGUGAGAUCUGGCAACACAGAGAAGCUAACAUCAGCUAAUAUUUGCAAAUUCCCUUACAAAACUAAUUUUCGUAAUGCUAAAUGUGGCUUUUAGCUGUGUAAAUAUUAAUGUUAGCAAAAGAAAAUAUUAAAUUAGGCAAUUAUAACUGUUCAUCCAUCCACACAACAUUCACUGCACUUUCAAAUGAGGCCACGCCCAUUUAGAAGACAGGAAGUAUGUACCGUUUCAUGCCAUUGGUGCAGCGGGUAAUGUGCAAGUACCAUCCACACAUUUUGCCAUUGCAAAACCAAAAAAGAACAGUUCUGUCCGUGCUGAGUCGUGCUGAACCAUACAGUGGAAAUGCGGCAUUAGUAUUCUGAAUAUUGUUAACAUUUAGUCAGUCUCAAUGAGAGAAAGAUUCUUUUCAGAUUGUAUUGCAUAUAUAUAUAUAUAUAUAUAUAUAUAUAUAUAAUAUAUAUAUACACACACAUAGCAAAUAUUUGACAUGAUUAUAUGGUAAUUACUACAUAUUAUAAUAAUGAUAAGAUAAGUUUAUCUCUUUUUUUCAUAAAAUUAACAAAAAAUUAACACUGAAAACGUUUUUUAUACGGUUUGCUAUUUUUGUUACACCUCAGAGGUCUGGUACCCGAGAGGAAGACUUUUACUGGACCAGGACUCUACUGAACCUGCCAGUGCUAAUACUCUGCUACAGUUUGUAAUUUUUCAUAUUUGGCUCCUGUGACAUAACCAUGUACACUAGUGCUUUCAGUUCUCUCCCUUGUAACGCUCAUCUGUAGCAUUAGUUAACAUGUUACUUCUGUCAAGUAUCAUAACUAUUGUUACAAUACAUUCUGGAUAAUCUAAA